AUGAAGUUUGAGAAAGAGUUGAGGUCACAGAUGGUGCCAGAAUGGCAAGGAGCUUACAUGAAUUACACAUCUCUCAAAUCCAUACUUGAAGAACUUAAACUUUUUAAACUCAAUAACCCGCACCUUCAUUCUCACCUGCAACAUCAUCAUAGCGGUGGAGUUGCUGGAGUGUAUAAGGCCUUUAGUGGUCUACUAAUUCCUAGCACCACCAACUCAUCUAAAGUCGCCACUUCUAUUUCUAACUUAUUUGGUGGUGAUGCUGCUGCUGCUACUACCACGACAAACCGUCAUCAUCAUCACCGUCAAGAUGAGCCAGCCAUUUUAGUGCUCCGACAAAAUAUAUAUGAUCAUGACUUAGAACAUGGAGGAUCUCAUGACGGGGUUAAUUGUGAAAUUUAUGAGACAAAAUUGUUGAAGCCAGAAGGAGGAGGAGAAUAUGAAUUAGCAUUCUUCAAAAGACUUGAUGAGGAAUUCAACGAAGUUAAUAACUUUUACAAAGGGAAAGUUGACAAGGUUAUGAAUGAAGCUGCUGUGUUGACUAAACAAAUGGAUGCUUUGGUUGCUUUUAGGGUUAAAGUUGAGCAUCCUGAUCAAGGAACGUUUGAACAACUUAGUAAGGAGAUUGCUAAAUCUGCUUCUAAGUUCUCCUUCCUUUCACCAGCCCCCAGUAUCACCGAAACUGAAAUUGCGCAUAUGGAUGCAAUUGAGGAACUGAAUGAACGAAGCAACCGUGGAAACCGUUCAGAAGAAAGUAAACUAAGCGACACUGUAGACUGUGAGGAUGAUGAUCGAUCUAAUAAACACGAAAUUGGUGUAAAUGAAGAAGAUGCCGCAGCUAUAAGCAAAAUUCUGAACAGUGUUACAAUCAAUGAUAAACUGGGAACUCUGCGUUCGACAAUUCAAGGAUUAAUACUCAACAAGAACAGAAAUAAUGAAGGAUUGGUCUUCAGCAGACAGAAUUUAAAGAAAGUUGAACAGCAACUCAAAUCUGCGUUUAUCAAUUUCCAUCAAAAACUUCGACUUCUGAAAAGCUAUAGUUAUCUGAACCUCUUAGCAUUUUCCAAGAUCAUGAAGAAAUAUGACAAGAUAACUUCACAACAAGCGUCAAAAAUAUACUUGAACAUGGUUGAUAACUCCUACAUCGGCAGCUCUGACGAUGUUACUAAGCUCAUGGAUAGAGUAGAGGCUUCAUUCAUCAAACACUUCUCUAAGUCAAACCGUGGUAAGGGGAUGCACAUCUUGAGAUCCAAAAAGAAGAAAGAAAGGCAUACAACAACAUUUUCAUCAGAGGGCUUUAUUCGGUACAUGGAAACCAUGUUUCCUCUCUGGAGUCUGUUCGGAUUUCUAGUCCUACAUAUGCUCCUCUAUUCAGCGAAUAUAUACUUCUGGAAACGUUACCGAGUCAAUUAUCCAUUUAUAUUUGGCUUUAAACAAGGAACGGAGUUGGGAUACAGGGAAGUCUUUCUACUAAGUACGAUUCUUGCAACAGUUUCACUUGCCGGUGUACUUGCCAACCUAGACCUGGAAAUAGAUAUAACAACCAGAAAAUACAAAGAGCAUAAGGAACUACUUCCUCCGGCAUUACUAGUUGUUGUUUUACUCACAACAUUUUGUCCAUUGGACAUUGUAUUUCGCUCUAGUCGUAUCUUUCUAUUAAGGACCAUGCUCCAUUGCAUUUGUGCUCCUUUCUACAAGGUCAGUCUAUCGGAUUUUAUGUUAGCAGAUCAGCUAAGUAGUCAGGGCCAAUCUCUUAGAAACGUUGCGUUCUACAUCUGCUACUAUGCUUCGGGUGACUACAAAACGAGGGAAACUAGCUGCAGAACAAACAACAACAUUUACAAUGCAUUCUAUAUCAUGUUGGGUGCUUUUCCGUUUUGGUUACGCGCAUUACAGUGUUUUAGAAGAUUCUUUGAAGAGAAAGACCAGACACAAGGAUACAACGGGUUCAAAUACUUGAGUAUUGUCCUAGCCAUUAUUAUGACAACAGCUUACAGCAAGCAUAACUCGACAGGGUUGUUGGUAAUGGCCUGGAUCUGCUCAACUGCUGCAACUAUUGUGGCUAUAUAUUGGGACCUUGUUUUGGACUGGGGACUUCUGCGGAAAAAUUCGAAGAAUCCUUGGUUGAGAGACAAGCUUCUUGUAUCUCACAAAAGUGUCUACUUUGCAGCCAUGGUAACAAAUGUGUUUCUGAGAUUUGCCUGGCUACAGACAGUAUUAAACAUACAACUACCUUUCUUAGAUAGGGAAGGUAUGGUUACUGUCGUUGCAUGCCUAGAGAUCAUUCGUCGCGGUGUAUGGAAUUUCUUCAGGAUAGAAAAUGAACACGUAAACAAUGUUGGCAAGUUUCGUGCAUUCACAAAAGUGCCUCUUCCUUUCAACUAUGAUGAGGAUCAGGAAGAUAAAGACGAGUAG